AUGGCCGUGGACAGGGGUAAAACCGUAGUGCUGGCAGCACUGGGCCGGCCCUUCAGUCUGGGGAUGCUCUACGACUGUCGCAACGACUCACUGAUCCCCGCUCUGACACUUUGGGACCGGGAAGCCUUAGAGAAAGAUACAGAUGAAAGACCCCAACCAAAAAUUGAAUUUGAGAUAGUUGCAUCUGACUCCAUCGAAGACAAAUCUUCUGCAUUGAAUGUUGAAGCUUCAUUGAAAGCCAGUUUUCUGUGUGGACUGGUUGAGGUAGAAGGCUCUGCUCAAUUUCUCAAAGAUUCUAAGAUUUCCAGAAAUCAGGCUAGAGUGACACUAAAAUAUAAAACCACCACCAAGUUGAAAGAGCUGUCAAUGAUACAUUUGCAGAGGUAAUGUGAAGCAACACACGUAGUGACAGGAAUCCUUUAUGGGGCACAAGCCUUCUUUGUGUUUGACCGUGAGGUGUCAGAAAAGGAGGAUAGGCAAGACAUUGAGGGCAAUUUAAAGGUUCUGAUCAAGAAGAUACCCACCUUGAAGAUAGGCGAUCAAGGUUCUAUGAACAUGGCAGACAAGGACAUUGCAAAUGUUGACAAGUUAUCCUGCAAUUUCCAUGGGGACUUUAACCUUGAGAAACACCCUGUGUCUUUUCAUGAGGCCAUAGAAGUCUAUCAAAGCCUACCUAAGCUAACUGGAACCAACAAAGAGAUUGCAGUGCCUCAGAAGGUCUGGUUAAUGCCACUGAAGACUCUAGAUUCCGCUGCUGCUGAACUAGUUCGACAGAUAAGUGAUAGGUUCAUCAAGGAGGCUCAGAAUUUCCUGGAGUACCUUAGCGAGCUUGAAAGGAGAUGCAACGAUGCUGAACGAUGCACAACAACCCAGCAAUUCCCACAGAUUAAGAAAAAGUUAAAGGAUUUUAAAGAGCUGGUUUCUCAGUACAAACUAGAAUUCCAGAAUAUUAUGGCAAGGAAUCUCCCAUUGAUCAGAGGAGGAGGAGAGGAGGAAAGUGUUUUCGCAAAGAUCCUGAAAAAAGUACAUUCCUCUCCCUUCGAAAGUGGUGAACUGAAUGAGUGGAUGGAUUGCAAAGAGACAGAAAUCAAAAUCAUCAGCUCUCUGAUUGACAAUAUGUCCGACAUUGUGAUCGUUGCGACCAGUCACUCUCUGCACCAUGAGAUCCACAGUGGAGAUGUCAGACAUACGGUGUGCUUUGUCUUUACCUCCCUGGAUGGCCCAGAGCCUUACCUUUCAGCUCUGUCAAACUACUUGGAUGAAACCCAAUCAGACGACGUGUCAUGCGCUUAUGAUUUGGAAAAAGAACAAUGGUUUUCCUCAAAUGUAGCGUACGAGAAAAUUAAGCUCUUCAAAGAUUUUGCCGUGGCCAACAAAGAGAACAAAAGCAUCAAGUUUUUAGCAGGUGCAAUAAGAGAUGAUGAGAAGAAAGGCGCAACUCUCCACCUCUACAAGGAUGGAUCCUUAGCCAACUACAACUUUGAACCACCUUCGAAGCCAGAGAUUAACACUGGUGACAUAACCCAUAACAGUGUAACACUGAAAAUUUCCCCACCUCGAUUUGGGUUAACAACUGUCACCCACUACACUGUUGAGUUCUGUGUCCAUGGAGAUGAGGUUUGGCAUCAACAAAUGGAGAGCAAGGCUGGAGAUGUCACAGUGUCCGGCUUGAAGAUUAAUGAAGGGUAUCAGUUCAGAUGUAGAGCCUGGUGCGCAGUCGGCCGCGGUCCGGCCUGUGAAGGUGGCCCUUUAAUUAAAACCUUACCAUCCAGUCCUCCAGAAAAACUACAAGCGGAAUGUUAUUCUACAGAGUUAUCAUUCAGCUGGGAGAAACCAUCUGACCUUGGACAUGGAGUGGAGACCAAGUCAUACAUAUUAGAAUAUGCUGAAACAUCUCCAGAAAUGAACCCUGAAGAGUGUAUAUGGAGCAAACUAACAUUGACAGCCAACGACUCCCAACUAGUCAAAGUCAUUCCAGGGCUGCAGCCUUCAACGCGAUACACUGUCCGGGUCAGAUGUGACUGUGGAGUUGCUGGCCUUGGCAAAGAGGAAUCAGUAGUUGUGUGCACAAAAAGGCUGUCUGAUAAACUGGCUACAUCAAUCAAAGCAUCGAGCAAAGAAAUAGAAUCUGGUUCUCCUUCAGUUUUCAAGUUACCCCUGAAGAAAAACGAUAUUAGGAUAGAUGGAUGCAAGAGCUACACAUUUGGCAAGCACAGCGUUAAGCCAAAUCGCACUGUCAUGUUUCUGGGGGCAACAGGUUCAGGGAAGUCAACUCUGAUCAAUGGAAUGAUCAACUACAUCCUGGGCAUAGAUUGGAAAGACUCUUUCCGCUUCAAACUAAUCAAUGAGGAUCAGUCGAAGUCACAAGCUGAAAGUCAGACUACCCACGUAACCACCUACAAAAUGAACCACCAAGAUGGCUUCAAAGUUCCUUAUUCUCUAACCCUUGUUGACACUCCGGGUUUCGGGGACACAAGGGGAAUAGAGAGUGACAAGGCGAUCAGAGAGCAGAUCAGGAAUCUCUUCACCUCGGCAAAGGGAGUCUUUGAGAUAGAUGCAAUUUGUUUUGUCACCCAGGCCUCUCAAGUAAGACUAACGGCUUCACAGAAGUAUGUGUUUGAUUCGGUGCUGGCCAUCUUUGGUAAAGACGUGGCGGAAAACAUUUGCAUCCUGGUCACAUUUGCAGACGGUCAGCAGCCUCCUGUUCUUGAGGCGAUCAAUGCAGCCAAAAUUCCAUGUCCUAAAACCGACAAAGACCUUCCGGUGCAUCACAAAUUCAACAACUCUGCACUUUUUGCUGAAAAUAAAUCUUUCAGUGACAGAGCUGAUCAAGACUCCAAAUCAUCAAAGUAUCCAAAAGAAAAAAAGAUGGAUGUUAACAACUUUGAUGCAAUGUUUUGGGCAAUGGGGGCCAGCAGCAUGGAAACAUUCUUCAUUGCCUUGGGACAAAUGACAACUAAAAGCCUGCAGUUAACCAAAGAGGUUCUCAACGAGCGAAAGCAGUUGGAGGUGGCUGUGGAAGGAAUCCAGCCCCAGGUACGGGCGGGGUUGGCGAAACUGGACGAGAUCCGAUCAACCCAACAACAGAUAGAAAAGCACAACGCUGACAUCGCUUCCAAUGAAAACUUUCAAUUUGAAGUUGAAAUCACCAAGCCUGUUCAAAUAAAGCUUACUAAAGAGGGAGAAUACAUCACUAAUUGUCAGCAGUGUAACAUUACCUGUCAUUACCCCUGUUACAUAGCAGACGAUAAAAAAAAGUUUCAGUGUUCUGCCAUGAAGGAUGAGAAAUGCACGGUCUGCCCUGGAAUUUGUGACUGGAACGUACAUUUCAACCAGAAAUACAGGUGGGACUACGUCAAGGUGAAGCAGAUGAAGACGAUACAACAGCUGAAAGAGAAGUAUGAAAAAGCCACUGAGGCGAAGAUCACAGUCGAGGAACUGAUUGCACACCAGGAAGAGGAGGUUGCCAAUCUUCAGGAUGAGAUAAUAUACCUGAUGGACACGUCGUCUCGCUGUAUAGCUCGGCUGAAGGAGAUAGCUCUGCGGCCUAACCCGCUAAGCACGCCAGAGUACAUCGACAUGCUCAUUGAGGGAGAGAAGUCCGAGGCCAAAGAGGGUUACCUGGCACGGAUUCAGUCUCUCGACAAAAUGAAAGGAAAUGCCCAAAUUAUGGUCAAGGCUUCCAAACGGGAGAAGCUCACUGCGUUUUACCUUGAUCUCAAUUGCUGUGUCUUCAGAGAAAUUCACAUCAGACACUAG